AUGUGGCCAUUCAUAAACAAGGAUGAGUUUAAGUCUGUACCUGACAUUCUCUUUGAAGGUAUGCCCAUUGGUCUUCGUGCAGAUAUGAUAUCAUUUUUCAAGGAUGCGAUACAUGAAGAACUUCCCCGUGAUGACUUUAAGGAGAAUGAAAUCAGUAAUAGCAUAUGGAAUAAGGAUAGCCUUGUGGAGUAUUGUAUUUUUAAACUUUAUAUUUUUAGACCGCCCUAUUGCUUAUAUCAAAUUGCUAUAAGUAUUUGCAUUACUUUAUUUUUUCAGGGUAAUAUUGAUCUUGUGAAUGCUAUUGCAGACAUUUACGGUCCACUAUUUGAUAGAUCAAUAGAUGCUUUGAAAGAGGUCAUGGUUACAAUAGGUGGAUAUGAAGCCUUGCACUGUAUCAUUAACGCUGUUGUCAACCCUGGAGAUGAAGUAAUCUUAAUUGAACCACAUUUUGAUAGCUACAGUGAAAGCAUUCUUGCAGUGAAUGGAAUUCCUCGAUACAUACCUUUACGACUAAGAGAAGGUGGAAACAAGGCUAGUGAUUUUGUCUUAGACAAGAAUGAAUUGACAGGGUUAUUUAAUGAAAAGACAAAAGCUAUCAUUGUAAACACCCCUCACAAUCCUACAGGGAAGGUAUUUACACAUGAAGAAAUAGAGUUUAUUGGCAACUUAUGCAAAAGAUAUAAUGUUUUAUAUAUCAGUGAUGAAGUUUACGAAUGGCUAGUCUAUGAUGGAUCAGAGCAUAUCAGAGCCGCAACUCUUCCUGGUAUGUGGGGGCGUACAGCUACUGUUUGUAGUGCUGGAAAAGCAUUUAAUAUUACUGGUUGGAAAACAGGUUGGCUUAUUGCGCCCGAAUAUUUGGUAUCAGGUGCUAUGCGAGUUCACCAAGGAAGCAUUUAUACUUGUCCAUCACUACUACAGAUAGCUCUGGCUGAAACAUUCAAGCAUGAAAAACUGCUUUUAGGUACGCCUGAUUCUUAUUGGCAUUGGUUGCGUCAAAUUAUGACUGGCAAACGUCAACAAAUGUAUGAUAUUGUUAAAGAAGCUAAAUUGAAGCCUAUUAUGCCAGACGGUGGCUACUUUAUGCUAGUUGAUAUUACUGGUUUGAAUGUUGAUCGAAGUGGAUAUGACGAUGGUACUCCGCUCGAUAAGAUAGUCCAACAAUGGCUGAUUAAAGAUAAAGGUUUGGCUAUCAUUCCAUGCAGUGAAUUUUAUAGCGGUGGACACAAAAAAGAAUUUGAGAACUUUAUACGUGUCUGCUUUAUAAAGGGUGACAAUACUCUUCAUGCUGCUCGAGAAAUCUUUAGUAAACUUGAUUUUAAAUAAUGUUUUCAUUUGCAGCAAAAUGUAAAAUUAUUAUCUUUUUUUUAAUUAAUUGCGCUUCUGCUUUGUUUUAUAUAUGUUAUGCGCGGAUUGUGAAACUGCCCGGUUUGUUCAGUUUGCGCGAAUAAAAUUCUAUGGAUUUAAGAUAAAUAUUUACAUGCAAAAUGUUUUGCAACUUAACGAUUUUGUUUUACAUGCUAUAAUAUAAAGCAUACUUCUUUCCCAUGGUACGCAAAGCUAUUUCAAUAACUGCUGGGUUGUUUUACUAACUUUGCGUAACAUUUAGGCGUAUUUUAAGAAAUCAUUUUAGACCCUUCUCAUAACAUUUUUAAAUUUAUUUUUAAUUGU